GCCCUGCUGCGGGCUCCUGCCCUGCGGGGCGCUGCCACCUUCGCCCAGGCGCUCCACAACGUGCCUGAGACGCAGGUCAGCGUGCUGGACAACGGGCUGCGCGUGGCCUCGGAGCAGUCCACCCAGCCGACCUGCACGGUGGGAGUGUGGAUUGAUGCUGGCAGCCGUUAUGAGAACAACCAGAACAAUGGAGCAGGCUACUUUCUGGAGCACCUGGCUUUCAAGGGAACAAAGAAUCGGCCAGGCAGUGCUCUGGAGAAGGAGGUGGAGAGCAUGGGGGCCCAUCUCAACGCCUACAGCACUCGGGAGCACACGGCGUACUACAUCAAGGCGCUGUCAAAGGACCUGCCGAAAGCCGUGGAGCUCCUGGCUGACAUCGUACAGAACUGCAGCCUGGAAGACUCGCAGAUCGAAAAGGAGCGUGAUGUGAUCCUGCGGGAGCUACAGGAGAAUGACGGGUCCCCGAGGGAUGUGGUCUUCGACUACCUGCACGCCACGGCCUUCCAGGGCACGCCCCUGGCCCAGGCUGUGGAGGGGCCCAGUGAGAACGUCAGGAAGCUGUCGCGGGCAGACCUGACAGAGUACCUCAACAGGCAUUACAAGGCCCCUCGGAUGGUGCUGGCUGCGGCUGGAGGGCUGGAGCACCGCCAACUGCUGGACCUCGCCCAGAAGCAUCUCAGCAGCGUCUCGGUGGCCUACAAGGAGGACGCCGUGCCAUCCCUGCAGCCUUGCCGCUUCACAGGCAGUGAGAUCCGCCACCGUGACGAUGAUAUGCCCCUGGCCCAUGUGGCCAUUGCAGUGGAGGGACCUGGGUGGGCCAACCCGGACAACGUGGCCCUCCACGUGGCCAAUGCCAUCAUCGGCCACUACGACUGCACCUACGGUGGGGGCAAGCACCUGUCUAGCCCGCUGGCGUCAGUGGCUGUCACCAACAAGCUGUGCCAGAGCUUCCAGACCUUCAACAUCUGCUACGAGGAAACCGGGCUGCUGGGAGCGCACUUUGUCUGCGACAAGAUGAGCAUCGAUGACAUGGUGUUCUUCCUGCAAGGCCAGUGGAUGCGCCUGUGUACCAGUGCCACCGAGAGCGAGGUGACCCGGGGCAAGAACACCCUGAGGAACGCCUUGGUGGCUCAUCUGGACGGCACCACCCCUGUGUGUGAAGAUAUCGGACGCAGCCUCCUGACCUAUGGCCGCCGAAUCCCCCUGGCUGAGUGGGAGAGCCGGAUUUCGGAGGUGGAUUCCAGUGUAGUGCGUGAGGUCUGCUCCAAGUACUUCUACGACCAGUGUCCAGCGGUGGCUGGGCUGGGCCCCAUCGAGCAGCUCCCAGACUACAACCGGAUCCGUAGCGGCAUGUUCUGGCUGCGCUUCUAGGCGGGGUGCCUGUGCGAGAGAGAAGGCGGGGCUGGGUCUCGUGCUCCCACCGUAGACGGCCCACUCUGGUUCCUGGGCCCCUCGGGAGAAGCCGCCACGUCGCACACGUGGCCCCCAAUAAAGUUCAGUGUGGAGAA